UGAAUGACGCCAGCUGUAUAUAAAAAUUCCGCGUCUUAAGUCCGGCUGUUGAAGUUUGGUACAGAAUGCAGAUGUGACCCACGAGUAUAUAUAGACUCAUUACUGUGCCGGCCAUAUUCUAGGUCUCCUCUGCAUCCAGAAAAUCAAACAUCAUCUUUGCUUCCACCUCUCAUCUAUCUCCUUAACGCCAAUUCUUGGCAUCAUUCGAAACACCAGAAAUCAUGGCGACAGACUACGUGUUCGAGGGUUGGCUGGGCCUUACCCCGGAAUCAGUCAAUGGAAAGAUGGAAUGGGGAGCCUUCGAACCUAAGAAGUGGGAAGAAGAGGAUGUGGACAUCCAAAUCACCCACUGUGGUAUUUGCGGCUCAGAUCUGCACACGCUUCGUUCUGGCUGGGGCGAGACACCAUAUCCAUGCUGCGUUGGCCACGAGAUUGUGGGCAAGGCCGUCCGCGUUGGCAGCAAUGUGAAGGAUAUCAAAGUUGGAGACCGUGUUGGAGUUGGUGCACAGGCUCGAAGCUGUCUUCAACCUGAUUGUGUCGAGUGUUCUUCGGGGCUGGAGAACCACUGCCCAAGAGGCAACGUCAACACAUACGGCUCUGUCUACCCUAACGGCGAGGGCAAGUCUUACGGUGGCUACGCCGACUACAACCGGACGAAUGGCCAUUUUGUUUUCAAGAUCCCAGAUGGCUUGUCGUCAGAGGCCGCUGCCCCUAUGCUCUGCGGCGGUAUCACCGUGUUUUCCCCGUUGAAGCAUAACGGCUGCGGACCGGGAAAGACGGUUGGUAUUGUCGGAGUAGGAGGCCUGGGUCACUUCGGUGUCCUAUUUGCCAAGGCUCUCGGAGCGGACAAGGUCGUUGGAAUUUCACGACGGAGCUCAAAGAAGGACGACGUGCUUGCCCUCGGAGCUGACGCUUAUAUCGCCACAGAGGAUGAUAAGGACUGGGACAAGACGAAUGCCCGGACUCUCGACUUAAUUGUCAGCACGGUCUCCAGCUCGAACAUGCCACUGACUCAAUACCUGGGUUUACUCAAGGUUGGUGGCACGUUUAUUCAGGUUGGGGCCCCUGACGGAGGUAAUCUACCUCCUAUUAGCGCGUUCUCUCUUAUCGUGAGCGGAAUCAAGGUGGGCGGCAGUGCCAUCGGAUCACCAGCCGACAUCAAGGCCAUGCUAGAUCUCGCGGUGGAGAAGAAGAUCACGCCUUGGGUUGAGACGCGGCCGCUCCGUGAAGCCAACCAAGCCAUUGUCGAUCUGGAUCAGGGCAAGGCACGGUAUAGAUAUGUUUUGGUCAACGAGAAACAUGCGUAAGCUGAGGAAAUAUGGUAGGAGCAAGAUAGUAACCAGCAUGGAGACAUGUACAAAUGAAGAGGACAGUUUAAAACG